CUGCAUAACCGGCAGAAAUAGAAAGGCUAAUCAAAUAUUUCCCGUCCCGCCAUAUCGCUCAUGGGAGUUUCAGUAUUUAACGGGGGAAAACGUAUCCGGUUCAGACAUCGACUCAUGCAGAAAGCAUUCAACUGUUAAAAGCGGGCUCAGGUUGUUUCAACACUAGAUUCUGACAAGGCCAGAUUCUCUGUUGUGAUGUCUUAAAGCCAGUGGAUAGAUAACUUAAGACAGCUCUCUGCUGCAGAAACGGCGCGUGGUGUGUUGAGAACUGCAAGUUUACAGGCGUUAAUGAGACACCAUGGACCACGACACGGAGCGUGCUAAAUUUGUAGACACCCACUGGGCAGAGCUUGUUCACAGAGUUGAAAAUGUGAUGGCGAUAGCAGAAGAGCUGCGGUCAAAUAAUAUGCUGUAUUGGGAGUCAUAUUGUAAUAUCAAAGCAGCAAAUACCAACCAGAAUAAAAUGAGAGCGCUUUAUGGAACAUUGCACUCUGGAGGAACCACCGUUAAAUCUGCCUUUUACUCUGCAUUGGCAAAGCAUGAGACAUCCUUGCUUGAAAACCUGGGCAGCAGACCACAAACUGCAGAAGGUCAGUUAGAUAUUUUAGAUAAAUAUAAGAAGUGGAUCCAGAAAGAAUAUGAAUUUGUGACGGAGUAUAACUCUCUGCCUGGUGAGGACGUGCUCCUGUCUGAGCGCUACACACAACCUCUGAUCAUCAUGAGACACAGAGAAAAGAGAGAGCGAGAAGAAGAGAUGUGCUCCAUGGGAGACAGUUUCCAGCAGCUCCUCAGCUCAAGGAACAAUGCAGACAAGGACUCCUCUGUCUUGGAUGCACUUUUCACUGCAAGUAAUAAGGGAAUCAGUCCCAGUGCUGUCAUUCUCCAAGGAAACUCUGGGAAUGGAAAAACCUUCACUGCACAAAAGAUCAUGUUGGAUUGGGCAUCUGGAAAACUCGGCAGAGAGGAAUUUGAGUACAUGUUUCACUUGAAAUGCAAAGAACUGAAUCGCAUGUCUGGAGAGCAGAGUUUGCUAGAGCUUUUGAGUUACAACUCUAAUUUAACAUCAGUUCAGAUCUCACAGAUGCUGCACAAGUCACAAGAAAGAAGGCUUUUCAUCAUUGAUGGAUUUGAUGAGCUCAGAUUUCCAAAUGGUGACAUGCCUAACACUUCAGUACCAAACAAUUUGUCUGAAAAAGCUCUACCUCAGGCUUCUCUCAGGGCUUUGUUGAGUGGUCACAUUUUGUCUGAGUCCCUCCUGCUGGUCACCACCAGAUCUACUGCUACAGAUGCACUGGGCAAGCUGCUCAAGAAACCUCAGUGUUUCACUGAGAUAAUUGGGUUCUCUGAGAAGGAGGUGGAGGAGUACUUCCAGAAGUUUUUUCAGGAUGAAGAACUCUUCAGUAAAGCUUAUGAGUGUGUGAAGGCCAAUGAAACCCUCUUUACUGCCUGUUCCAUCCCUGUCAUCUGCUGGAUCAUCUGCACUGUUAUCAGAGAGAGGUUCAAUGAUGGUGCAGAUGUAACAAGUGGAUUGGAAACAACCACCUCCAUUUAUGUUGACUUUCUGUCCACUCUUCUGGAGCAUCACUGCCAGGGUUUGAAUCAGUCUGUGCCAACCCUGUUGAGGAAUUUGGGUCAACUAGCAGAGAGCGGGAUGCUGGAAAAGCAAGUCCUGUUUGAAGAGAAAAUGGUGAAAGAAACCGUUCCAGACCCUACUGGUAGUCCGUUUCUGGGAAAGUUCCUUUUUAAGAAACGAACCCGUCAGGAGACAAUGUUCAGUUUUAUGCAUCUUAGCUUUCAGGAGUUUUUCACUGCUCUUUACUACAUCUCAAUGGAUGAAAAAGAGCUUCUGAGUAAACUAGUAGAGCGGUUUCACUCUCACUGGCAAAGCUAUGGUGCCGAAUACAUGGAUGAGAAUUGUCCAUUAAAGUAUGGAUGUCCUGAAGGUCAUUUCCUGCCUGUGAUUCAGUUCCUCUGUGGUCUCUGUAAUAAGGAAGUGAGCAGCAUUCUCAAGGAGACACAUGGUCUGUCAGUCCCUUCUGCUGUAAUUGCACAGCUGCAAGAAUGGAUCAUCCAUGUCAGCACAGAUCAAGUCUACAAUUUCUUGCCCUUCAUUCUUCACUGUCUCUAUGAGCUCCACGAAAAGGACUUUGUGCAGAAAGCCAUUGAAGCUUGGAGGGAGAUAGACAUGUCCUGGGAUCCACUAAGCAGGACAGACUGCUGGGCACUGUUAUACUGUCUGGAGUGCUGUCCUAACUUCAGAAGCCUGAAGCUUAAUUUUGCAGCCAAGGAGUUGAAAAUGCUUCAACCUGUGCUACGCAGGACGCCCAUACUAGAGUUGACGGUGCAAAACGUUUCAGACACAGAUGCUACUGAUCUGAUCUCAGCUCUUGGAGAAGGAAAGAUACUGACUGAGUUGCGGCUGAAUGGCAGUUAUCUGUCAGAUCAGUGUGUGCAGCAGGUUCUUCUUGCUUUACGCAAACAAAGGACUGUGGGUGGAAUUCAGCUUGCAUUGAAGAACAUCUCCGCUGACACUAUACUCAUUAUCACUGACUUUCUGCAAAGCACAGAGAAAUGGGAGGAGAUCAGUUUAAUGACGAAUGAGGCCUGCGGUGAUGCAGAGAAUCUCUGCUCGUCUCUGAGACUCUUUAACUUUGAUGGAAAUCUUGUGUUGAAUGUGGUGAGGUGGUGUUCAAGCCCACAGAAUGAACCCUCACUCCCAGAAAUCAUUCUGAAAUGUCCAUUCCUAGAAGUGCACAGUUUUAAUCUGAAGACCUUCUUACUGGCAUUCCACAAUGUAAACUGCUCAACAGAACAAAGUCCAGAUUUUGAUAAACAGGUAGACGCUCUGCUGUCUCAACUACCCUCUGUGUCUGGUUUAAGUGGGAUUAAUUUUUCUGUUCCCUUCCUGACUGAAAGAUGGGCUUCCAAAAUCCUCUUCCUUAUCCAGUCCUGCCCAAGUCUGGCAGGGCUCAGUUUUAAUGCUAGUUCAGGGAGCUCUGUUGAUGCACAGGGGAUCCAUGGAUUUUUAAUGGAGGAGGGAAUCAGAUUACUGAAGGAAUCUCCCAAACGUCCCAACUGUACUCUGAAGAUUAGAGGGGUCAGAUGCAGUAAAUCCACCGCUGACCACUGCACUUAUCAGACCGAAGAGUUCGAGAAACUCGACUGCAACCAGAGAGUGACCAUUGAGUUCUGUGGGGAGACCUGUACAGAAGAAAUAAACUGAGUUCUGAUAAGGAGUUAAAAGUCUUAAAUUUCAACUGCUCUUACAGUUUAAAAUGAACAUCAAGGGUGUUUGAUCAGUCUGACUUUAUAUAAUGAUCACUCCUCUCAGAAAUGAGCAAUUAUCCCACAGAUGAGUUCAGAUGUAGGUCCUGACAUCGUGACCUGUGGCCUACUGAAUGCAUUCAUUUGAGUGAACAUUUAGUGUGUGUUGAAUCUAUGCCAUGUGAUGUGACUCAUAAGUUCUUGAAUUUAGGCUCAUUAUAGUCAAGCUAAUUUUUUUUAUAACGCUUUUCACAAUACACAUAGUUUCAAAGCAGCUUUACAGAAAAUUGUGCUGUAAUGUCUUAAGUUCUCAUUGAGCAGUUUCUUUGAAAAAUGUCAUUGAAAAUCAUGCCUUAAGAAUAUAGAGUGUAUAUACCCCAUAACAAACCACAAACAUACAGCUGUAUAAUGCUGAUAAAACAUUUCCUGAUUUGAGGAAAGAAUGUCAAUUGUGUGCAAAAAAUUUGACCAAAACACUUUGUCCGUGAGGUCCACACACACACAAUUUCCAAAUCCACGCAACUCAAGAAUGCACCAAUAUAUGGGUUUCUUUGCUCAAAAUACCAUCCGCAAGUAUGCUGUGUGUGUGUGUGUGUGUGUAUAUCCACUUGGCUAUUUUUUAUUUUAAGAAAAAUAUGUUCAGAAUGCUCCGUUUCGACCAAGAAUUUAUUUUCAAUUCUCAAGUGUAAUGUGGUUAUACGUUACAGAGAUUAUUUUAGUUACUUUACACUUACAAGUCAAAUUUCAGUUUUAAAAAUAACCAAAAAGUAAAACAUUUCUCCUCAGAUUAAUCAAUCUAUUGUUCUUUUGAGAGAUGAAGGCUACUCCAUGCACUUCUGUUUUGAAAGAAUAAAACAAACUUGUGUAACUCUCCUCUCUCGUCGGCGGGGCGCUUCUGUCCGCAGAGCUGUCACUCACUGGAUUUUUGUUUUGUUUCCACUUA